AAGGUUAAAUAAACAAAGUAAUUCACCAGUGUUUCCGUAAGAACAACUCUCGCUCAUCAUAUCUCUCUAUGCCGGGGACUAGUAUGUUGUGCUGGCUUUGGGAGCCACUGUUAAUUGGGCCUUGAUAAAUUUCAUUUUUUGUCCCAAAAGAACAAAAUAAGUAAUUUCAGUUAGAAAUAAUAUUCUCAGAUUGGACCCAGUACAAACCUGAAACUGACCGUCUCUCUCUCCCUGGCUCUCGACGCAUUACGACGAAAUCCCGUCAGAUUAGAAAUGACAGAGUUUUGCAAGAUACCAGAAGCCAUGGGAUUGCAAAUCCUAUCAAGGCUGCCACCUAAAUCUCUGAUGCGAUUCAAGUGCGUUCAUAAGUCGUGGCAUACUCUGAUGAAGGACCCCAACUUCGUGGCCAAGCAUCUUUCCAAUUCCAUGCACGACAAUUUCUGUAGAACUACUGGUGUCCUUUUCAAACGUGAAAACUUCAAGGAUACUGGCACUGCCGAGAGGCAAAGCGAAAGUCUUUUGUCAUUGAUUAAUUUCUGCAAUGCUAAUGGUGAUGGUGAGCAUGAUAUUCAUUGUCUUGUCGAGGAUGUUACGAAGGGUCAGUUUAGCGGGUUCGAAGUUCUAGAGUCUGCAUGGAUUAUAGGGCAUUGUCAUGGGAUUAUCUGUCUAAGAAAUGCUACUAAAAUAAUUCUAUGGAACCCAGCAAUUAGGGAAGUCAAGGUCACUUCGCCAUAUGUUCCAGAUGAGAACUUAAGUGAUUUGGGAAUAGGCUAUGACCCUAAAUCCGACACUUACAAAGUUGUUCACAUUUCUUAUGGUACUCAGGAAGAAUAUGGUGAUGGACAUAUCCUUAUCGAUCGACCCAAAACAGAAGUAUACACCUUAGGUACUGAUUCUUGGAGACAGAUCAUGACGGGCUGUUUAGAAACGGAAACUACUCACUUUUGGUUUCAGGAUUUCCACAUGUACUUCAAUGGAUUUUGUUAUUGGAAUGGGCGCGAGCAACUGAAGGAAUACCAAAAUUUUUAUGAUCUUCAAGAGGAGCAUCAUAUUAGGCCAGUGAUCAUUUCGUUUGAUAUGGGUGAUGAGGUAUUUCAUAAUAUGUUGCUUCCAGAUUUUGUAUAUGAGACCUAUAUGUGGAGUUAUGUUUUGCGUCUUAUGGCAUGGAAUGAAUCUGUAGCUAUUUUUGGCCUAGAUCAUGGUAUAACUUCUCAUGAAUCUUGGGGAUUAUGGGUGAUGGAUGACUUUGGUGGAGUUACGGGUUCUUGGAUAAAGCAAUUUAGCUUUGUGAGCGCAGUGGGAUUCUUGGAUACGCCAUUGCAAAUUUGGAAGAGCGAUGAAAUUCUUAUUGUUUCGAAAGAAAGGCGUGUCGUCUCAUACAACCUUGAUACUGAACAGUAUAAGUAUCUACCCAUUCAUAGCAUGGAUUCUGAUUAUUUUGAAGCUGUUGUUUACAUGAAUAGUAUAGUUUCGGUCAAUGGAAGCAAAACCUGACAACUCCUCCAUGCGCUUCAUCUCUUUGUAUUAGGGAUAUCUCCGCAAGCUUGUAUUUUUUUUCUUUCAUUCAAUAAAAUUUUAUCCUUU